AUGGCGAAGGAACGGUCGAUCAACCCAGCUGCGGCUCAACGCAAGGCAGACAAGCAGAAAGAAAUCAACAAGUCUCGCAAACAGCAACAGUCGCAAAAGAACGAGAAGCUCGCCAAGCGCAACCCAGAUCGAUCACAGCGGCAGGUUGAUGAGCUGAAGGAGCUUGAGGCAGCCGGAACUCUACGACCGAAAGACAAGGAGAACUUGGCACAACUUGAGCGAGAUCUGAAGGGCGUGAAGCGGGCACGAGAAGCGCUUGGAGUAAAAGACGACAGCAAGAGGUUUAGCGAGCGCAAAGACGUACGACAGGAGCAACGAGAGCGAAGGCAACAACAGCAGCCUUCGCGCCAACCUCAACAUCUCGGCAAGCGAAGACGAGACGACGAAAAUGACAAUGGAAGCGAUACCGACCCGGAAGUACGAAGCAUCCCCAUGCCUCGCGACACACCGCCACCCAUACCGCGCCAAUCGAAUCGAGACCUUCAGAUCGGUGUAGACGGCCAAAGAAGACCUCACGCUUUGCCCUCCAAACCUAACAUCCCACCUCCACAACUCACAUACGGCGCGGCACCCCAAAUCCGCGACCUGAAGAAGGAAGCUGUCAAAUUCACGCCGUCUGUAGUCUCACAGCAGAAGAACCGGAUAAAAGGGCAGGGGCGACUGUUGGAGCCAGAGGAGGCGGAUAGGUUGGAGAAGAGUGGGUACGCCGAUGUGAAGAAAGUGGAGGAAGAGGUGGAGAAGGAAGUGCAGCUCGAUGAGGCGGCGGAAGAUGUCAGAAUGCAGGGCGCAAAUGUCGAUCAGCUCGAAGAAGAGGCGAGGAGGUUUGAGAGAGAGAUGGCUGAGCUAGAUACUGUAGAGGCAGAAGCCUCAACGGCAGGCGCAAGAGGUGUCAUGAUGGAGGAAGUGGAAGACGAUGGCACGUGA